CACUCCUUCACCCACUCACUCACUCACUCACUCACUCACUCAACUGCACCUACACAAUACAGUACUUCCUGCUAUUUCUAAAUACCCUUACCUUUUUAUUCCUUCUUAUUAUUCUAGGUUCUACGUUACCUGAAUACCCUUAAGACCUCUGCAUCUUUUUGAUCCUUUCCUCCCUUUCCUCUUCGGUCGUAUCCUCCCCCGCCCGCGUCUUACUCCUCUUCUCUACAACACCACCUCUCCUCGCGUGCUCGUUCCCCGAUUACCUUUCCCUGAGUCUCUACGCACUUCCAUUAGAAAUCAACCACACUUGGGACAGAUACACAGCUUCUUUGACUCUCAGCUCCUUAAGCGUACCCAUUUGCUGUCCUUCUGAAACGGCCUCAAUCCUACAUUCUUCUUUUCUCAAUACAGCUUACUCUUCCCGGGUUUGGGAGAGCUUCCCCGCACCUACCGCUGCACAACAUCAUGCGCAUCACGGUAAGCGUAAUUCGCCCGGACCAGGCCGAUGCCGAUAUUAUCUCCCUCGAAGUCGGGGCGGAUAUGACCGUCGAGCUCCUGAAAGCUAUUGUUGAAAGUGAAACCUCGAUACCGCCCGACGCCCAGCGACUCGUAUAUAACAAUCAACUCCUCGGUGAUGACUCCCGUACGCUUGAGCAAGUCGGCAUCGGUGAAGGGGAUAUGCUCGGUGUCCAUGUGACGCUGCGAGGGCCCCCCGCGCCCACCCGGAGCAUAGGAGGUCCCAGCUCUGCUGCCGCCCAGCAGAAUCUGCAGCGACGUCAGGCUAUGACCCCAGAUCCCGAGACAAUUCGCCUACAUAUUUUGGGUGACCCUCGUGUGCGGGAAGCCGUCCGAAGGCAGAACCCGGAGUUGGCGGACGCUGCCAACGAUGCGCAGCGGUUCCGCGAGGUCCUCACCCGACAACAAACCCGCGAAGCUCAAAUGGAGGCGGAGAAGGAAGCGCGGAUUGCCAUGUUGAAUGCCGAUCCUUUCAAUCCCGAAAAUCAGAAGCAGAUCGAAGAGAUCAUUCGUCAGAAUGCUGUGACGGAAAACCUCCAUAAUGCAAUGGAGCAUCAUCCGGAGU